AUGGACAAGCAGCUGUUGAUCUCCACAGGCGUUGUGAAGAAUGCCAGCGGAAGUGCUUAUGUAGAGUUGGGAAAUAUGAAGAUUAUGUGUUCUGUUCAAGGACCCCGUGAUUCGUUCCGUUCCGUAGACAGUCAGGACAAGGGAGCUCUCUACUGUGAUUUUAAAUAUGCCCCAUUCGCACAGAAAGACGUAUAUCAGCCAAACUUACUCAACAGAGAAACGAAGUCAAUGUCCUUGCUUCUAGAGAAGAUUCUCUCUACCAGUGUGGACUUGGAGGCUUUUCCUAAAGCCGUUGUUGAGCUGUAUAUCAUGGUGCUAGAAGUGGAUGGAGAUCCUCUCGGCUUAUCCCUCAUGUGUGCUUCUCUGGCGUUAACGGACGCUGGGCUGAACUUGUUUGGACUCCUUGGUUGCUGCUGUGUCAGUGUGAUGGAAAACAACCAAAUGAUCGUCAAUCCCACAUCCGAUGAGUUAGAGAAAGCGAAGUGCUACACGCAACUGGCUAUCUUGAACUCUACGAAGGUUGGAGUUGAUGGAGGGGUUGAUUUCUUGCUGUUAGGAGGUGAUCUAUUCAAUGACAACAAGCCUACACCCAGUACUCUAGACAAAACAACAUCGCUUUUAAACAAAUAUUGUCUAGGCUCGGGAGAUAUCAACUUUACGCAUCAUCCUACAGAAAAAUCGCCUCUAGUUGUCUUGUUUCGGUGUUCCAUUGCUUUUACCGCUAGGCCGGUCAACUAUGAAGACGAAAACCUGAACAUCGCCUUACCUGUAUUCGUAAUCCACGGCAAUCACGACGACCCAACGCACGAAGGUCCCGAAAGCAAAGCCCACUCCGCUCUCGACAUCCUGAGUUCCUCUCGCUUAGUGAACUACUUCGCCUGCGUUCCAGAUGUUCAAAACAUCGAGAUCACGCCAAUCCUCCUCUCCAAAGGAUCCACACGCUUAGCUCUUUACGGAAUGGGCUAUGUGCCCGACGAGCGUUUGUCUCGCAUGUUUGAAAAGAAGCAGGUAACGUUCUUCGAGCCGCCCAACUCGGACGACUGGUUCCAUCUCUUCCUGAUCCACCAAAACCUCGAGUCGCGCGGUUCGCAGCGCACGUUCCGCCUGGAUUUGCUUCCGAAAUUCCUCGACUUCGUGAUUUGGGGCCAUGAACACGAGUGCAAAAUCGAUCCGACGUUCAAUGCGCAGAACAGAUUUUACACAAUGCAGCCAGGAUCGUCCUGCGUGACGUCCCUCAUCGAAGCCGAAUCGAUUCCCAAACACGUUGCACUUUUAGAAAUCACAGGGACCGACUUCCACGUCACUCCCAUUCCCAUUCAAAACAUGCGGCCUUUCAUUUUCCAAACGUGCUCUCUGAGCGACUUUCCGCAUCUCGAUGCCGCGUCGCCCACCGUCGCUGAAGCCAUCGAGAAAACACUCGAUCAACAAAUCGAAUCCAUUCUCUCUCGACUCCCUCCCAGCGAUAAACUUCCUCUCGUGCGUCUUUCCGUCGAUAUCACAGGCUUUCCUUCCAUUUCGCCGCCAUUAUUCGGAGCCAAAUACGUCGGACGCAUCGCCAAUCCGAAUAGUUUGCUGUAUCCUCGUCGAAAACGCGCGUUGACGCUCGGUGCGGGAGGAGGAGAAGGAGAAGGAGAAGAAGAAGGAAUGGGAAUGGAUGAAAGCUUGUCGAGUUCGGCGCAGUUCGAGAUGAUGGUCGGGUUUAUCGAGACGUUUUUGAAAGAGCAAGGCGGGUUGAAGAUAUUAAAUGCAAUGCAUAUGCGUGAUACAUGUUUGUUUUUGUGGGCGGAGAGAGUGAUUGCGUAG